GAUAUUACUUCCUAUCAGCCAUUGAGCCCUGAAAUAGACACUGUCCAGAAUUCUGCUGUCUACAGAGGUUGUGAGGGUUUUUGGGCAGCCAUCACUCCAUUCAACUUUACAGCCAUUGGUGGCCAUCUUUGUUCUGCUCCUGCUUUGAUGGGCAAUGUUUGUCUGUGGAAGCCUUCCGACACUGCUAUGCUGUCUAACUACACAGUGUACAAAAUCUACAGAGAAGCAGGCCUCCCUCCUGGUAUUAUUAAUUUCGUGCCAGCAGACGGACCCGUGUUUGGUGAUGUCAUCACAAAAUCUCCCAAUUUAGCAGGUGUCAAUUUCACUGGCAGUGUUAGAACAUUUAAAACUAUAUGGAAAUCAGUUGCCCAAAACUUAGACAGCUACAUUUCAUACCCAAAGUUGAUCGGAGAAUGUGGAGGAAAAAAUUUCCAUUUCAUCCACAAAUCAGCAGAUGUAACAUCAGUAGUUGUUGGUACAAUACGGUCAGCAUUUGAGUAUGGAGGACAAAAAUGUUCAGCAUGCUCACGAAUGUACAUUCCACAAUCCAUGUGGCCAGAGGUGAAGCGGAAAAUGCUGGAUAUCCUCAGUCAAAUCAAACUAGGGUCUGCUUUAGACAACACAGUCUUCCUAUCAGCUGUUAUUGAUGACAAGGCAUUUAAAAGAAUCAAGUCCUAUAUAGACUAUGCAAAGGACUCCCCAAACCUGACUGUGAUAGCGGGAGGUCAGUGUGAUGAUAGUCAAGGUUAUUUCGUAGAACCCACCAUAAUUGAGACAUCGGACCCACAAGAUAAAAUAAUGCAGGAGGAAAUCUUUGGCCCAGUUUUGACUGUGUUUCCAUACCCUGAUGAUGAAUACAUGAAGUACGCUCAACUGGCUACCAAGACCUCUCCAUUUGCUCUGACGGGGGCUGUUUUUGCAAAGGAGCCUAAAGCGAGGGAGGAGUUAGUAGACGCCUUCCAAGACGUGGCAGGAAACUUUUACAUUAAUGACAAAUCAACAGGAUCGGUGGUGGGCCAGCAACCAUUUGGUGGAGAUCGCUUGUCAGGAACCAAUGACAAGGCCGGUGGCCCCUAUUAUCUGACCAGGUUUGUGUCGAUGCAGUGUGUGAAAGAAUCAAAGGUCCCCCUUGAAACUUGGAUGCUGCCCUCUAUGAAGUAAAUCUUCACAAUGAACAUGAAAACAUUCGACUCUCCGGAGUUUUCAAACAGAUGAAAUGUUGUAUCAGUGAUCAGCAUGUAAUGUAACAUUUAUCCGGUAUAUAAACACAUAUCAUAAUUAAGGUGUACAACUCAUUACUCCUAUAAAUUCAUAUUUAACAUAUCUUCAGAUUUUACUGGGGGUAUUAUUAUCUAUUGCAUGUGAGGUGAAGUUCAAGAUCAAUUGAUGCUCAAAGCAUGUGAAUUUAAAAUGAUCUGAAAAAAAUGUAAGUGUAAAACUAAAUGGGUAUUGAUAUCAGAAUCUCAAAGUUAUAUAAUAUGAACCAGUACAAUACAAACUGCUUGAUACUCGCUAUCAAUUUUCAUUGAUACUUUUGUUGAUCAAUAUUAUUUUUUUUCUUUGUUGAAAUCCACAUAUAAUGUUGGGAGUUUUUAACCUGGUUUGUAAUUUUAUGAAUGUGUAUUAUGCAUUUAAAACAUGUAAAUAGCAUGGCAUUUGCUCAAGAAAGAGUGGUUUUUAUUUAUAUUUGUUUUCAUUUUUGUUAGUUAUUAGAUUAUUAUUUGCUUUUGAUAUAGUGCUAAAAUAUAAUUUUAGGAGGCAUAAGUUACAGUGAAAUGUAGAUUUUUUCGUAUCUUUCUUCUACCUCUUAAUUUAUAGAAAUUUACAGUAUUGAGGAAUUUGCAUUACUUAUAGCUCUCAGAUAUAUGAAUUUCCAUCAGUUCAGUGCAUGAAAAAAAUAUGUUCAUUAUACAGAAUUCUGCAAUUCACAUUUUGUUAAAUUAUGUUUUGUAAUAAAAAUGCUUGGAACAUUUUCAAUGUUAACCACGAUCUGCAUAAUACUUUGUGUUAGUUUUUUUUUUUUUUUAUCAGAAGUGUCAUGAACAAGAUUUUCUUUUGAUUGAUAUUUUUUUUUAUUGUUUGCUAAAUGAGUUUGAUACAUUUAUUUACUUUUUUUAUCCCAAUUCCUAUGUCUUAAAAUUCAAGUUGUUUGCCAAAAUCUCACCUGAAUUAAUAUAUUACCUCUGUAGCUCGAUUUUAAAUUAUUGUUUUGUUUUUGUAUCAAACAUCUACAUUAGAUGGAAAUACUAUAUAUUUGUUGCAAGUUUUGUAGCAAUGAAUACAAAUUCUGAUAUUUAUGAGAUUAUGUUUUAUUUUUGCUGCACGUGCUUCAAGCAUCACAUUAUCUGUUGCAGAAUCAUAUUGAAAUGAAAUAUGAACAUGUUAUUGUUUUUUCUUUGUGUGUUAGCAAAAGAAAGAUUUUUGGAUUGAACUAGAAAAAAAUACCUGCUGGAAACAUCAACACAAAAUUGAAUGUUGGAUUUAAUGUGAUA